CCAAAACUAAAAUAAAUGUUAAAGGCAAAACAAAGUUCGGAACCCAUCAAGGUAGUGAUCAGGUGCAAAGGCCUCACCCAGAGGGACAUCGAGUCCAAGGCCCGAGAGGCCGUCACUGUAGACCAGUCCAGUUGCGAAGUGAGCCUUCACGACCUGGCCAACGGGAAAUGUAAGAAGUUUACAUUUGAGCAAGUGUACGACGAAGAUUCCUCCCAGAAGCAAGUCUUCGAUGAAAACGCAGCCGACAUUGUUCAAGGGGUUCUCGGAGGCUACAACGGAACUGUCAUCAGCUAUGGAACAUGUGCGUCAGGCAAGAGCUUUACGAUGAAUGGGAGUCAAGAAGACGAAGAGUUGGAAGGUAUUGUGCCCAGAGCUUGUAAGGUCAUCUUUGAGAAGAUUGAGCAACAAGAGAAGAAGUAUCUUGUCAAGGCAUCAUUUGUCCAUAUCUAUCAGGGAGAGACCAGGAAUUUGAUAGGAAAGAAUAAAAACAAAAGUUUGAAGAUCUUUGAAACUUCGGAUGGGCAAAUUCAAGUAAAAGAUAUCAAAACAGUUAGAGUGAGAGAUGCUGAAAGCUUGUUAAAGGUGUACAGAGCAGGUCUUAGAAAUAGUUAUGUUGGCUCAACAAGAAUGAAUGCUUGUUCGACCAGAUCUCACAUGCUCUUUUUCAUAACUAUUGAGUCAGAAGAAAUCGGAGAAGAUGAUAAGCCUUAUAUCAGAAAAGGAGUUCUAAAGCUGGUCGAUUUAGCUCCAGCAGAGAGAACAAGAAAGACAUGAUGCACUGGUGAAAGAUUAAAGGAAGCGAACAGUGUCAACUCAUCACUCUCUGUCUUUGGACAAGUGGUUUCAGCACUCACUAGCAAGAGGAGCACAUAUAUUCCUUACAGAUCAUCAUCACUGACUACGAUUCUUAGAGAUUCGCUUGGAGGGACUUCAAAGACAGUGCUCUUCACACAUAUAUAACCAAAAGUUCUUACAGUUAUGAUGAGGUCCUCAUUGCCUUGAAGUUAGCCAAUAGAGCCAAAUUUAUCAAGAACAAGCCGACUCUGAGUCUUUUGAGCGAUUCAGAAUCGAUUCUUGAGUUCCAGUCAGAGCUCAGUAAAGAUGAAUUAGUAGAAAAUCAAGAGGAACAGAAAAUGCAUUCAUUUGAUGUUCAAAGCUCUAUUGCACAAGAUGAACCAGCCGACCAUGAUUCGAUGGUAAUCGAGCAAGAACAAAAGCUAGCUGAUGAAGACUUAUCUGUGAAUGAUGAGAAAGAUAUUGGUGAGCAGGAUACUCCAGAUGCAAUCACUGUUUCUCAACAAUAGUCGACCAGUUUACAACAGAAGUUACAAAACUAGACCAUCGAAAAUAACAUUCAAU